AUGACUCUGAUGGAUAGGCAGUUAUCUGGAACUAUAUCUCCUCACGUCGGAAAUCUAAGCUUCAUGCGGUUCAUCCAGCUUGGGGAGAAUCAAUUCCAUGGUGAGAUUCCCCAAGAAUUCGAUCGACUCUUUAGGCUAAGAGUUUUGAACCUGUCAAGCAACGCACUCGGUGGAAAAAUCCCAGCAAACCUGAGCUACUGCUCACAGAUGAUAACUAUUAUCCUAAACAGGAACAAGCUCGAAGGCAAAAUUCCAAUUGUUCAGCUGAGCAAUUUGAAGAAGCUUGAAAAUUUUCAUCUUGAUACGAACAAUUUGACAGGUGAGAUUCCCUCCUCCAUCGGGAACUUAUCAUCACUGACCACACUUGCUCUAGACUUCAUCAAUCUGGAGGGAAAUUUGCCCAGCGAGAUGGGGCUCUUAAAAAACUUUGCUAUAUUAGCAGCUGGAGGAAAUAAACUAUCUGGUAUAAUCCCUGCCUCUAUCUUUAAUUGUUCAGCCAUUAUUGCCAUUUCAGUACCCACCAAUUCCUUUCAUGGCAAUCUCCCAACCAACAUAGGUCUCACCCUUCCAAAUUUGGAAGGAUUAUAUCUCGGGGCAAACAAAUUUUAUGGAAACUUUCCAACUUCAAUCACCAAUGCUUCUGGGCUUGAGGUACUUGAUCUUUCCAGAAAUAAGUUUGAAGGCCAAAUUCCAGCUAAUUUAGGAGAUCUCACAAAUCUUAUAGUAUUUGAUCUUUAUGAUAAUCUCUUCGGCAGUAAAUCUACCGGAGAUUUAGAUUUUGUUGCAUCAUUGAUCAACUGCAGUAAUCUAAGAUCCCUUUCCUUGAGUGGCAAUGAAUUUGGUGGUAAUAUACCUAAGGUCAUGGCCAAUCUCUCAAAUCAACUGGUUGAAAUGUACUUGGGAGCAAACCAACUGUCGGGAACCAUUCCAGAAGGAUUUGGAAAUUUUGUCAACCUAUAUAUUCUUAGCCUUGAAGAAAACUCUCUUUCUUGGUACAAUUCCACCAAAUUUGGCUUCUUCAGUUCUUUGAAGUGCAUCCAGAAAUUAGACCUUGCAAGUAAUAAGUUGACUGGUCCAAUACCAAAAGAACUUGAGAAGCUCCAAUUUUUGAGAUACUUAAACCUUUCCUCUAACGACAUUGAGGGCGAGAUACCAAACACAGGAGUUUUCAGCAAUGCGAGUCAAAUAUCAUUGAUUGGCAACAACAAACUCUGUGGAGGCAUUCCAGAAUUGGAGUUCCCACCUUGCCCAGUGAUUAAGGGGAAAAACAGAGGAAAGUUUAAGGUUAUCAUAUUGCUGUCCAUUGUUUUACCUGCAACUCUGGUUCUUGGUAUAUUGUGGUUAUAUUUCUUGGCAUAUCAAAACAGAGAAAGAAGAGUGGCAGCCUGGGUCUCUAUCAUGUCCACAAGAGUCGAUAAGCAUUUACAAAUUUCUUACCAUGAACUUCAUCGUGUAACUUCAGGAUUUUCUCCAGAAAACUUAAUUGGCUCAGGUAACUUUGGAACUGUCUAUAAAGGAAGGCUAGAAAAACAUGGCAAUAAGCUUGUAGCGGUCAAAGUUCUUGAUCUUCAAAAGAAUGGGGCUUCCAAAAGUAUUAAAGCCGAGUGCAAAACAUUGAGAAAUAUUCGCCAUAGAAACGUCAUCUCUAUCAUGAGUUAUUGCUCCAGUAUUGAUUCCAAGGGUGAUGAAUUCAAAGCUCUAGUCUAUGAGUUUAUGGAAAAUGGGAAUCUGGACUUGUGGUUGCAUCCUUCAGAGACAACUGAUCAGGCAACAAGCUCAAGAAGCCUUAAUCUUCUUCAGAUGCUAAAUAUUGCAAUUGAUGUGGCUUCAGCAUUGCAGUAUCUUCACAACCACUGCGAAGCAGCGAUUGUUCAUUGUGAUGUAAAACCUAGUAACAUUCUUCUUGACAAUGAUCUUGUUGCACAUGUGGGUGAUUUUGGAUUGGCAAGGCUUCUCCCAAAACCCAUCAACAUAUCUUCCGAGCAGGGAACCAGCAGUACUAUUGCUAUUAAAGGAACAAUCGGUUUCACAGCCCCAGCGGAGUAA